AUCUUUAAAAGACACAUGUACGGUACGUGAUCUCACGUGAAUGGUUCCCACUCGCUCUCGACUCGGUGUUUUUUAUAAUUAUCAAGAUUUCUAUUAACCAUGGCCAAAAGUUUAAGAAGCAAGAGCAAGCGUAAGCUGAAAGCUGUCAAACGAAAGAGGAAUGCCCCCAAGGAGCUGAUCAGAUUAAAAAAGUGCUUAAAGUUAGAUGGAUAUGAUAAGGAAGAUCCUUCGAAAAAGAGAUAUCAAUUUGAUGACAUACGUGAGUUGAUCACCAAACCUGAUGUAAACCAAGCCACAGGUAAAGACUAUGAUGUCAGGUUUUUACCAGGCUCGGACGUGAAGAUGGACACAGAAGGAAAGAAGAAAAGGAGAAAAAGGAGAGGAGAAGAGAGCGAUGAAGAAGAUGCAGAUGAAGAAAUGGUUGAUGCUUCUCGAGACGAAGAUAAAACUGAAGUUAUGUCCGUUGAUACCAAAUGGAAUAUGAAGAAGCUUCAGAAUGAACACGGUAACUACCCUGCUUGGAUGAAUAGUAGACAGAUCAAGAAGAUGCAGAAUAAAAACUCUAAAGGCAAGGUUUUAAAGAAAGGCAAGAAGAAGUUGGCUUGGUAGCCAACAAUCCUAUUUUGAAAGAUUUCACAAACUGACUGAUAGCCCAAAGAGAUAAUGGCGUAUGAAGUAUUUGCAACGAGCCUUGUCUGAUGGCAUCCAGGAUGAAGGAUGCCACACUAUUCUCCAAGUGGAAGCUCUAUGAUUCCAGGAUUGCCAUGUCAUAUCUAAAAAUCAUCAGGAUAAGAUGUCAACCCUUAUAAGAAUCAAGAGAGGAGAGUUUUUGAAGAAGGGCAAGGAGAAAUAAACAUGGUAGCCAGCUAUCUUUGUUAUUGAAAAAACUUGGAAAGGAAAGACUUUGGAACACCCAAUUGGAUUGUUCAUUUCUCAAGAUGGAUGAUGUCACAAGCCCAUUACACAGAAUUCAGAUCAGCAUCACAGUGCACGCAGGCUGACAGAUCUUAAUUUUUUGUCAUGACUUUAUAUGCUAAUGAAUUAUUAGACCCUUUGGCCCGUAUUCUGAAGUCAGGUUUAACUUGGGGCACAGUCUAACUCUAUGCUAAAAAUAUGGGGAGCUAAAAUGUCAAAAAUUCUGUUUAUAUUGUAUAUUUCUUAUGUCUACUCUUUCGUUUCCUUCUGUUUUCAUAAUGAAGAAAAUACUUCAGUUAUCAUUCCCAGACAAUCAUUAACAAUUUGAGUGUCAAAUUAGUUAAUAAAGUGGAUUUGUACUGUUAGGGAUUUUUGCCCCAAUUGGCUAUCCAUAGUUAAACUACAACUUAAAACCAGAGUUCAGAAUACGGGCCUUUGUAUGUAAUUCCUCCAAUUUAUCAAGGACAUCCCAAAUAAACAUAAUAAAGAAAUAAUGAUAAGUUCAAAACUUGUCCUACAACUUCCAGAUAGAGAGAUGCCACACUGUUCUCUGAUUUGAAGCUCUUAAAAUACAUCUUGCAAACUUUUGCAUAUAAUCAGGAUAGGCUUUUGAUUCUUUGAUUUGCUGGAUUGCAAUUACUCUGUCCUUGAUCAUCAAAGAACAUUGGGGAAGACUUACCGGCAUGUUCUCAAUCUCUUGUGACUUGAGGCAGCUUCAGUGUUUUAACUUUAAACAUUGUGGAAGUAUAGAUGGUUAAGAUUAUUAUGUUCCGUAUUGUGAGUGGCUAUAGCUUGUAGGGGUAGGUUUUAGUAGUGUUGUGGAUGAGUUCCGGACUUCGAAACAAUUGUCCGGGGUUUGAAUUCCACUGCACCACUUGAGUCCUUUGGCAAGGCGUUUUAUCUUGAUUUGCCAAUCUCCACUGACGUGUAGUAAAUGGGUACCUGUACAAAGCAAUUCCUUGAAUGUUCGAGCGCCCGAUAAUAGUAGCUAGGAUGAUAGUAUGCAGCACUUACAAACAUUGUAUUAAAUGCCAUAUAAAUGUUGGAUAUGAUAUUAACAUUGAAAUCUUAACCAAAGUUAAGUUUUUGAAAUGAGGACGUAAGGGUAAUCAACUAUCACCAAUAAUUUUGCAUGAGUUUCAGGUGACAUGGUAAGGUCCAAUGUCAUUUGAGGUCAAGAACAUUACUUUAUUAUAUGUAUUAAAUAAUUAUUUUUUUCACUUUCACACUAUGCUGACUUCCAAAGUCAGCACUGCUGCUAUAUUGAAUUUUGUAAUGCAGGCAAGACUGUCAGAGGCAUUUCACUUGUUUUAAUACAAGACUCUUAUAAUGGCAGUUAAUAACUUUGUAAAGGAUUCAAUAUCAAUAUCAUUCAUACUUUCGGUGAGACAGAAAUGACAAAGAGUUACAGAGUGGUUGGUCAUUCAUCAAGAUAUCUAUGAUUUCACAAAGGUAUCUCCAUACUGUCAAAAAAAAAAUCUCCCGAGAAACAUUGUCUCCAUAUGCUUUCAGACACUAUGGACAUUUAUAGUGAACCUUUGAUGUUUAAUGGCCCUUUUUAUAAUAAUACUGAUUUUCAUUUCAUCUAAAAAAUUCAGAUAUUCAAUUGUUAUUACACACUGGACAGUAAUACAGUAUACCUCGCAUUCUAUUUGAAGAAAAAUCUUGUACUUCUUAGAGAGUUCAAGUUCAUCUCUUUCAGAUAUGUUUGUACUUUGGUUUUUAGCAAGAAAAAAAACCCCAACUUUGUUUGUUGUAAUCCAAUUGACCUUAGUAAUGUCCUCUGAGUUUUUUAUUCAAUUUUUAAGAAAAAUAGAAGUGUUCACUGACCCUAAUUCAAUUUUUUUAAUAGUUAUUUUACUUGUGUGACUCGGGUUAUGGCUAUCAAAUAUUUUUAGUCCUAACUGUACUGGUAACCAUGUUUUUGUAGAGACAUGUUCAUUUUAACAUGGAGAUCCAACUUUAUUUUGUAGUGUGGAACAACAUUAAUUUCAAACCAGUUUUAGUAUAAUGCUGUUCGGUAUUGAUUUUCAUAUCUAAAAUAAUCACAUAAAUUUUUACUGCAUUUUAUUUAAUUUUCCAUUCAUUACGGUUGUCAAAAAUUAUGUUUCUGGAAAAAAUAUACAUCCCUUAUUGUCUUGAUUUAUUAUGAUGCUUAUUUUUUGGAACAAUUUUCCUCAUAUGUAUUUGAGGAACUAUCAAUACAUAUUAUGCAUAAAUUAAACAGAAAUGUUAAAAAUA